AAGUAUUUAAGGGUAUUAUUAGGCGAUGCUAUUUUCCCAAUAUUAUUCCUUUGUAUAUUUUUGUAUGAACCAAACAGCCCCGGAGCAAACCCUAGGUCCUUUAUUGAUUGAUUACGAAACACAAAUUACAGCAUUAAGCUGCUCUAAUUCUAAUCAAAGAUUUUUGAGACUAAAGUCAUACCCGUUAUGAUUUUGGAAAGAGGGAGCAAGGUGGAGGUGCUGAAGCAAGUGGAUGUGUUGACUGCAUGGUGUGGUGCUGAAAUUGUUUCAGGUGAUGGGAAUACUUACAGUGUGAGAUAUGAUAGUUAUAUUCCAGGACACGGGGUAAAUACGGAGAGGGUACCUAAAAAGCUUAUUAGACCUACUCCUCCUGUACAUAGAAUAGAAAGUUGGGUGGCUGGGGAUGUUGUGGAAGUAUUUGAUGAUGUUAUGUGGAAAACUGCAAUUAUAUUGAAUGUUCGUGGAGCUUAUUGUAUAGUUCGACUACUUGGAUCAUCUUACAAGUUCAGACUCCACAUAUCAGAUAUCAGGGUUAGACAGUGCUGGCAAAAUGAUCAAUGGUCUCUGAUGGGGAAGGAAUCAGGUAUUUCAAAUGGUUAUCAAAAGAUGAGAUUGGAUGCAGCACAAACUAAUGAAGUUCUCAAAAUUAAAGGAGACGAUGUUUUUUUUGAAGCAAAAAACUACAAUGGAUUGCGGGGGUCUCAUAUAGCCUCGUCUAGAACACUGAAAAGAGGAUCUCCAUAUUGUUCAUCUCUUCUUCAAAAAAAUAGUAGAAAUGUUAAGAGAAUCAGAGUGGCUGAGAAAGCAGACAGAAGAUAUCAAGCUCCUGCUGUUUGUGUGGAUCAGUUUAUCAAAGAAAGAUGUACUAUUUCUCAUUUUCAAGUUGCAGAAGUGCAAGUGAAAAUACAAUGGGUUGAAGUUUUGGGAGCUUGCAAAACUUGCUUCCAAUGAUCUAAGCAAUGGUGCUGGGUAUGCAAAUUUGUGUUUGUAUACUAUAAACAACCAGUGCAAUACUAUCUUGGAUUAAGACUAUAGACAUCCAAUGAAAAUGGCAUUUUAUCUAGAUUUGAUAGUAUUUCAUGGCAAGCUCUAUCUGUGUAAACAUGUACUCCGCUGAAGGUGGUGUAACCAAAUUUCAUAUUGCUACUAUAACCAUUUUUGGUAGUGAAAUUAUUUUACCAGACAUCUAAAUUGUUUAAUACCCUUAGAGAUGGAUCACUACACUGCAUCUUACCUGUUACAGUUUCAGUAUCUUUAAGAUCAACAGGAAUGUUGCUAAUAUAUGUUGUGACAUUAAUCAGCACAGUACUCAUAGGCAUCAAAUCACAGGCUUGUUGCCAUUCUUGCCUUAUUUUUUGUAUCAUUGAAAUGAUCUAAAUAGUGUUCUCGUAGCUACUUACAGAGUUUUGUGUGAUUUAGUCUAUGCAUAUAGUAUAUGUAUGCUUAUGCAUAUCUAAUCUUUUUGGUGCCUUCUUUUAGAAAAACUUUGUGAACUGGGCUAUAUUUUGUUUGAUGUUCAGCACUUUUGCUCUUUACUCUUUAGGUAGAUUAUUCUUGGAACGAAAUUUCCAUAAGCUAGGAUAGCGAAAAAUAGCAGGAUAACAUUAUUUGUAACUAGAUGCGAAUUUUAUAUUUCACUAUGUGAUAUGAGAUUAGAAAAGACUUCAGCUUCUCUUUUUCUAACUUUAUUGUCUCUAUAUAUCUCUCCAAUGUCUAGCCUCACUUCUGUUUGUUAAUUUUAAGCCGUGUUACAACGGUUGACCCCUAGGCUAUUAUGUCUAAGGUCCUGACUCCUGUCCAUACUCUAAUUCCUUACAGUCUACAAUUCAAUAGUUAACAGGUAUAUCAGGAUACGAGCAUAUAUAAUCCUCUUCAUUCUUCUAUCUGAGCUGCUUGGACCACAUUAAAUUGUCUGUAUCCUGUGUGCUGACUAGAUUCUAGAUUGUUGAGCAGCAUACAGCAUAUUUUGUUGUAUCAGGUAUAUAAAGAUGUGGGUUACAAGUCUUAAAUUUAUAGUACUUGGAGCACACAUGCACGCAUGCGUGGACACACACACACACACACAGAGAGUAAGACGAAACAAGUAUGGAUGCAUAUAUAAGGGCUCGCCUUCUGAGACACUUCCCUGCAGUCGUAAUUAUAUAUAGCAUCUCGUAUGUCAUCUAAAAUUCCCAUGUUUAGUACUUCGUUACGCUGCAGUCAGUCAUGCAAAUUUAGUGGUAUAUAUGAUUGCCAGGUGGUAAAAGUUAAGGGGAAGAUAAACAUAUUUAAGCACUUGGCAAGUUUCAUGUGCUGUUAAUUGGGAGAUUGGCACUCAGAUGAGCAACUUGGGCAAUAGAUCUCAAGUCCAUCUAUAAAUAUCUUAUAUAACUACACACACACAACACCAUUCACAUGGAUACAUACUGCAUGAAAUAAAACAGAAAAGAAACCAUCCUAAUAAUGCUAUCUACAGUGUAAUAUUGCCACUCAUAAAGCAUACAGAGUUGUGAUUGAUCACUAAUUGCCUAGUUAUUUAGAAAGAGUUCAAUUUUAUUUUAUUUAUAAAUUAUGCAAUAUAAAAUUAUUCAUUUAAUAGUUUAUUAUUCUUUUAUUAUAUAAUUUCUGGAGUAAAUGAGAAAUUAAGCUCAUACAUUGUUAUUCCUGUUGAUCCUGGCGUUCAAACUUCAUUUAACUUUAUGAAAUCUGUGGUUAUUAGGUUGUGUCGAUAUUUGAGAAUAUUCUGUAAAAUGAGAUACUUUGAGGCAACAUAGUCAAGAUGCCUAGUUCCUUUCCAAUAUUAAUCAUCAUAUUAUUUGGAGUCAGUUGAUUUGAUAUGUAUUCCAUGUUUUUUUAGUUUACUUUUAUACCAAAAACUUCUAACAUCCUGAUGAUGGCAGAUCUGGGAAGGCUAAAGUCCUGUCAAUGACAAAAUUUUAAAGGGUUAACAAAGUGGAGUGUUGAGUGUUGACUGCAUGCAAUAGUGUCUAACUUUAUUUCUAGUAGUGGACAUACAGCAUGAGUUCAUUUCCCCAAAAGGAGCUAUAUAAUGGUGAGGGAGAGUAUUCACUGAGCUUUCUCUUGCCGAAAGAGCGGGGAGUUACUUGGCUGGUGCUAUGGAGGAGUUGGGAUAUUGCAAGUUUGUGGAGAUUACUGUAUGGUUCGGCCACUUUGAUUAUCUCACAACUUCAGAGCUCACAAAUAUGUAUCAUGAUUUGGACCAUUUGGUGUUGCAACUUAGCAACACUAAACCUACUUGGAUAUUGGAUGGCUCACAAAGACUACAUGCUUCGGUCACAAUGUCAAAGUAGGGUUGGAAGAAUUAUCAACAAGACAAGGGAACUCCUAUAUUGAGUUGAGUGAUGGCAAUCGAGUAGCUUAUAUUCAUUGUUUGAGUAUCUAGUAUCAAGCAGUUUAGUGUUUGGGUAUUUAUCUGCUUGCGAGCAGGGUAGUUUGGCAUGAUGCAAGACAUGAGGAUUCCAAUGCUAGAGAUGGUUACCGUUACUGCAAUAACCAAAAAUGGGCAUAUGUUCAUAUUCAUAGAUCUACUGGAUGGAAAGAUACGGAAUCUCCACAUUUGUCACAAAAUCAGAAUUUGUUUGUGGAGAUUGGGCGCAAUAAGAUACCAGUUCAUGGUGCUCUUGUGAAGGCAUUCCUGUUAAUGAUGUGUGUCCCUUAUGUGUAACUGCGGGUGGGAGUUUGGAACAUGUUUUCCUUUGAUAUGUUUUUUGCUACGAGGUAAUGGCCAGAUGUGGGUGAAAAUAUGAUUUUGCCACCAAGUCAUACAAACUAUUUGUAGCUGCCUCGUAGUCUUAGUGCUCAAACAGGCUGCCCAUGUGUUGGCGUAUAGCCUUUCGCCAACUGGUAGCUUCAAUUGUUCUAAAUUCUCCUCCAGAACAUGUCGGAGACCUUGUUAUUUGACGACCCUUUUUUGAAUAAUAGUUGGUUUGAGUUCCCAAAAAGAAAAAUCUGCUUGCAGGCAGAUAAAGUUCUUCGACAGCUCUACUUUUUAAGCUGAUUGAAAGCGUUUGAUGC